AGCAGUGACAUAAAGUAAAUGCGCGGCUUGCUGCACGUGCUCUAGUACAACCUCAACUAUAAUUUGCCCUUUCCUGGAGCGACAUUGGUCACUACCCAUAGUAACCGCGAGUAGAUGUAGUUUUACCCGAAAACAGCAAACCUAAACCUCCACAGAACACUCGUCGUCAUGACUUUUUUAUACUAGACACGCCUACCAGGAGUCCCACCUGCACGUGCACGACCACCAGAUAUACUGUUAGUUCGUCCUUUGUAUUUUUUGUGUGAGAUGAACAAGACUUGCUGUUGCUUACCCUUAGUCUUAGAAGAUUUUUAUCAAACCUUCUAUUUGUGCAAGAAUAGAAAGACCACUAGAUAAACUUUUUUCCUGCCUGAAUUGCUAGAAAAUAAAUCUUGCCUGAUUUAUUUCAUCACCAUAAGAACUCAUAUCAAAGAUGCGCCGGCUUUUUAACCUCGGCGGCGGUAAUAACCGCGACGAGGAGCAGGCAGGAGAUCCGCUGGGUGGUCGUCCACAAGCUGCACCCGGGGUACAAGCACCGCGGCGCAAGUCCAGUGAUUCCAACUCCGAAAGUGGUGUCUCUUUACCGAAAGAAAAAUCAGCGAUGACGACAGCCUCCUCCUCCUCCUCCUCCUCCAUGGCCGAGUUUCGGGACGUGAAACAGGUGGUGCGCCAGCAGGUCCCCGAAACCGCCGGCACGGUGUUGCUCGGCGAGUGCACGCACGGCACGGAGGAGUUUUACCGGUUGCGAGCGGAGAUCACGAAGUUUUUGAUCGAGGUCCGAGGGUUCAAGGUGGUCAUCGUCGAGGCGGAUUGGCCCUUCAUGUGGCACGUGAACCAAUACAUUCACCGCAAGAAGGUGAAGAUGUUCCCGGACACGGUGCGGUUCCCCGACUGGAUGUGGAGGAACCAAUAUCCAAGAAAAAACAUUGUAGGUGUACCUUUCUUGGAGGAACAGCAUUACAAAUUUGUCUGGCAUGACAGCAGAAACCUGUCAUGCGCAGAUAGUACGUGAAAACGCCCUGUAAUGCUGGACCCUACGAUGCAUGCCAAGCAUGACAGACGCAAUCACUUUGCAUGUUGCGCAUCACAAAUUUACACUAACAGCGUUUUUUUUCUUGGACAGCCAGCCUUUCGUGGAGCUGAUCGAGUGGAUGCGGAAGAUGUCGCAGACGGAGCACGCGUAUCCUGUGCAAAAGUAUCGUACUCGUAUUGCAAUCAUGCAUUACAAAUCGCGUUCUUCAGGCUAAUUCCGCAUUACAAAUUUUAUUUCUCAUGCUGAGGAAAUUUGUGAUGCACUUUUUUUACGAGUGCGAUACUUUUGCAAUGCAUAACGCGUGCUACCUGUUCGGCAUGGACUGCUACUGCAAGGAGGAGUCGCAGGCGGAUUUGCUGCGAUUUCUCGACAACCACGACCCGGAACUCUCCCGGGAACUGCGGUCGUCCUGCUUCCCACGCGAUCGCGCGGACAAGUGGCCCGGGAUUCUGGCGAAAAUCCAGUGGGGCAGGACGGGUAACAACAAGAUGUCUUCAGGGACAGCAGCUACUUCGAGAACAUCAAAUAAGUCCAACAAUAAACCGGGCGACGUGAUCGCGGGGUCGGACCUCACGCGCGAUUUUAUGGCACUCUCAAAUCUUACAUUCUCAACUGUCACGUGAAUUUGUGAUGCAAGAAUCGCAACAGUGAAAGGGGCAAGGUUGCAGCUCUCGCAUCAUAAAUUUGGCGUAGAUGUAGGCGCUGUCUAGCGCCUCGGGGAUUUGUCAUGCGACCUAGCUUGAUCGUCUGGUGGCUCAUGGCAAUUUUGCAUGACAAAUCAUGCAGCAACAGUUGAGAGUGUAACGGUUGAGAAUCCCAUAGAUUUGGUGUACCCUGGGGCGUCCAAGCUGGACCGGUUUAACGCGGAGCAGAAUCUGGAGUGCAUGAUCGCCGCGGACGAGUACUACACGAAGCAGCGGCUGGAGCCCCCGGGCUCGCAGGCCAGCUGGAACGCGCGGGACCAGCACAUGGCAACCACGAUUCUGCGACUGAAGGAGCAGGCGAAAGAGACGUUUGACUUGCAAUCCGAGCUGAAGAUCGUCGUGUGGGCCCACAUAUCAAAUGUAAAAAUGUCUGGGUCUGGAAACUUGUAAUGCUGCGUUGGGAAUAGUGAAUGCUCUGUAAUAUGUAGUGAGGUCACCGAACGGUUCUAACCGGGGAGUUUUUUUGACAUAUACCCUGAAAAACGACCGGCAGUUUUCAAGCGGCCGGAAGCGUUCUUUGACAUAAAAGAUUUCCAAUUAUUAAGCGGCCGGGGCUUUGAAGUCAAACAAGCCCGGUCGAAAACUAUCGAUUCGCACUUGAUAAAACGACGCAGGGGAGCCGGCAAAAGGGGCGCCCUUCUGCGGCGCCCACCGCCUUGGUUUCUGGCGGUUUGGGCCGCCCAAAAAGGGGCGCGCAAAAAACUCGCCCAAAGUCAGAACAGCGAAACAGCAUGGCACGGCCGCGAUUUUGGAGCAUUUUGGGCGGCCGCGAAAGCGGCCGCCUUUUCGCCGGUUUCAGAGCCUGGGAAGCUUUGCAAAAAGCGCCGGAGGGAAAUAUAGAAACGCGAAAAAGAAAAAGCGCCCCGGACGCGCAAAGCCAAUCCGCAUGCUAUGGGCCCGAUUUUCCUUCGCUUUUUGGGCGCCCCCCGUGGCGCCCGGAUCGGCUCCAUAGCAUGGGGGCUAGCUUUCGGAAAGGAAUUUCGGAGAUUUGCCAAAGGCUGCGACGUUUAUCGAGCGGCCGCCAUACCGUGCGGCCUAACGUUACUCACGGCGGCAUGGCGAGCCCAAAAAAAGCAAGGCCGCGGCCAAGGCGAUGGCCGGCAAGAAAACGCCCACAACCUCACCACCUCCGCCCCGGCGGCUAUAUUUGGCACACAGGCACGCAUGAGAAAUAUCUGCGCUUCUUUGUGUUGCGUUUUUCGCAUGACAAACUGCGUUUUUGCAUGACAGGCAAAAGGCUCUCUUCUUGGACACGCAUCACAAACUUUUUGGUCAUGCCAGACAAGCACGACAAAGCUCGCAAUCUUCCAGACGCAGACACUUUUGCAUUUGAUACCACAAUUCCCACGUCGGGGAUGCGACGGCGACGCCCUCCGGGGGGGUCAACUUUGAACGGAACGAGACCUGGUAUGGCGUUCUCAAAUGUUACAUUCUUAACUGUUACAUAAAUUUGUAAUGCAAGAAUGGCAAAAGUGAAAGGGGCAAGGUUGCGCCUUUUGCAUUACAGAUUUGGAGCAGAUUAUAAUGCUAUCUAGCGCGUCGAGAACCUGUCAUGCGGAGAAGGCUUGAAAUUGUGAAAAGUGUAAGUGAUAGCAUUUUGCAUGACAAAUAAUGUAACAGUUGAGAAUGUGACGUUUGAGAACUCCAUACCUGGAAUCUGGGGCAGAUGUGCCGUUCCGUGAUGCAGAACGUGUUUAUCGUGGGUUUUUACAGCUACCAGGGGGAGGUCCGCGCGGCGACGGAGUGGGGGCGGCCCGGGAAGGUCAUGCAAUUGCGCCCGGCGUACGGGAACAGCCUGGAAGCGCAGCUGCAUAACCUGUUUCCGAAGAGAAAAGCCUUUGUGAAGUUCGACACAAGCGCGAAGGACUGGUACAAAGCCCCGCCGACUUUCCAACUGCCGUGCGACUACGAGUUGGUCUACCCAGAAGUCCACUGCACGGAAAAUGCGGACUACAAGAGUCGGAGAAUAUCUUUAACAUCCUCUUCAACAUCGUCGAAUAAAACCGCAUCGGGUUUAUUUUCCUUCUCCGCGACCGAGCGGGUGGUGGAUCGACGGAUGGACAGCUGCAGGUUACAAGCCGACUUCAAGAACGGCAAUAUUAACAAGCUCUGCUACGUCGACGAGUACACCGGGGGGCGAAACAUUUCCGUCCACAGUCUACUAUGCUGUGCAAAAGUAUCGUACUAGUAGAAUUUGCAUGACAAGUUCGCUCAGCAUGACAAAUCGAGUUUGUCAUGCUGACUUACCUUGGGAUUGAGGUUUGUGAUGCACGACUGCCAUUACUACGAGUACGAUACUUUUGCAGAGGAUAUCUACCGACCGAGGUGUUCCGGCGGCUGCGCGCAGACCCGCUGAAUUGGUUCAACACGACGCCGAUACUGCAGCGCUGGGUGGGCGUGCAGUACCACCCGGAGACGGAGCUGCAGUCCCACUACGGGGAGGUGCGGGCGAAUAAAUGUUACGAUUUGGUCAUUUUCUGCGACGAAACGACCGCGCUGGACGUCAACCUCCGACCCGUGGCCCACACCGGCGAGGAUAAGGAGGAGGUCUCCGCCGCGGCACAAAAAAGACUGAUGAAGGAGUACGCCAAAUUGCUAAAGGACCCGCCGCAGGGGGUGGAGGCGCACCCGCUGGAGGACAACAUUUUGGAGUGGCACUUCCGGCUGACCGGGAACCAGGCGCCCUACACCGUAUGGAUUGCAAAAAUGUAAAUGUCUGGGUCUGGAAAGUUGUGAUGCAGGUCACUGAAUAAUAACCAAACUGUAAUGCGCCGGCAAGCAUGACAACUUUUUUCAUGCUUCUGUGUUGCGUAUUCCGCAUGAGAAACUGCGUGUUUGCAUGACAGGCAAGAGGAGCUCUUCGUUGCUACGCAAUACAGAUCCCAGAGUCAUGCCAGUCUAGCACGACAAAUCUCGCAAUCUCCCAGACGCAGACAUUUUUGCAAUCCAUACACCGGGGGCAGGUACCACGGCGUGUUGGAGUUCCCGAGCUCGUUCCCGAUGCAGCCGCCCAGCAUUCGGAUGCUGACGCCGAGCGGGCGGUUCGAGAUCAACAAGCGCAUCUGUUUGUCGAUGUCCGAUUUCCACGCGGAGAGCUGGAACCCCAGCUGGACGGUGGAGAAGAUACUCGUCGGUUUACUGAGUUUCAUGUACGAAGAGACCAGCGAAUCGAUCGGGAGCAUGCUCGACCCCUGGGACGUGCGAAAACGGUACGCACGGGAGUCGGAAUUCUUUAACCGGGAGAAUGAGGUGUAUCUGUCGAUUUUCAAAGCGGUGGAUGACUUAUGCAAUGCAAAAGCAUCGUACUAGUACAAAUCGCAUUACAGAUUUACUCAGCAUGAGAAACGCAAUUUGUAAUGCUGUUUUACCUUAGGAGAGAGAUUUGUCAUGCAUAUUUGCAAUUAGUACGAGUGCGAUACUUUUGCACUGGAUAUGGCUCCACAGUGGCGGGUUCGUCCUCCUCCUCCGCCACGGGCAACAAGCGGCAGCGCAUGCUGAGCGGCGGCGCCGCAAACGAGUACGACGAGAACGAUGACCAGCCCCAGUGCCGCUACUGCCUCUCCGGCGAGGGGGAACUGGUCGCGCCCUGCGACUGCAAGGGCACGAACCAGUACGUGCACCUGCAGUGCUUGCGGCAGUGGCAGAAGUCGGUCUUGCUCACGCAGUCCACGCACCCGAAAUUCCAGACGAGAAUCGACGCGAUCUGCAACAUAUGCAUCGCAAAAGUAUCGUACUCCUCGUAUAAAUGCAUUACAAAUACAAAUUGCCUCAGCAUGAGAAAUAAAAUUUGCAAUGCGGAUGUAGCUUCGGAACUAGAUUUGUAGUGCAUGUCUGCAAUCACUACGAGUACGAUAUUUUUGCACAGGAUACAACAUCUGCGAGAAGCCCUUCAAGGGCCCCUUUCGGCCGAAGGACCGGGCGCAGGCGGUCUUGGAAUUCGCGGGUGCCGAGAUGGCGCAGAAGCUCAAGAAAGGGCACCUACUGGUCUCCUCCGAGAAGGAAUCCCAAGAGUCCGCCGAGGCGAUGGAGCGGCAACCGGAGUUGCGGCCGCAUCUGGAACAGUGGACCUACGCCGUGUACCUGAUCGCCAGUGAGGAACCAGCGUCCAGACGCGAGGACGGCCACGUGCUGGGCGUGAACCUCGUCGCGAUGGCGAAUCCCGAGCCACCACAGCGGGUGGAUAGCAAUCUGCCCGGGUUUCGGAGACUCACCGUCUCCCCCAUGAACGCCUGGAAGCAAAGCUACAGAAAAUUGGUCGAGAAGCAGCCGUUUGUGCGGAAAAUUUCCCACUACAACGGCGGGCCGGUGGAGCCGGACAAGUGUUUUGCGCUCGCAAAUCUUCCCUCCUUGACGAAGACGAAGUACAAAGAAAGCAGUUUAAACAUCCGGGAUGACAUGUACUUCGGAAAUUUAGCGAGCAUCGCGAAUUUGGCGCAGCUUCACUACGAUAACACGCGCGAAGCCUCCCAUCUCCGCAUCUACUGGGGCUACGCGGCCUGGGGCACGUCGCAGCUGCUGGCGGAGAUCGCGAAGCGGCACUGGGGCAUCAACACGGAGCCGUACGAAUUCGAACCGUUGUAUCCCGGAAAAAACACCCAUCCCCAUCCAGUUUUUGCGUGACAAACACUGCAAAUUAUGAAUAUUUUGCAUGACAAAUUGGAUGUUUCGAUAGUUUUCCGCUGCUGCUCCUCAUGCUCCAACUUCACGCAGUCGGGAUCUCAUCCGUGGUUUUCCUCCAGCUACGCCCAACACACCCGCGGGUCUCGCGUGCUGCUGGACUUCCACGACCCCGUCUCAUUUGUUGGCGCCCUGCUGAGUAGUAAUCCGUCAGUUCCCCGCAAUCCGGCGUCCACCAGCCAGUUCCAGCUUUGCAGUGGCGAUUAGCUUCAAGUAUCUACCUUUCCAGAAUCAGGCGCUUCCAGCUCGUCGUGCCCUAAGCUCAGCAGCGCACCCUCUCGGGUUGUGGCCUUUCCUCGGAGGUGGGGUUGGGCUUGGGGCGCCAGGCGAAUGGACGGCUUCGCAGCUACGUUGUGAUCGACAAACUGAGAUCGACGAUAAUGGUUGCGUUGCUGGUCCUGUGCCAGUCGCGGGGCAUGUUCGGGUGUUCCGGGCUGUGCUUUGUGCACCCCUCGGACCCCGCACCCCCCCGGGCUCAGUAGCGCAGUCUGUUAAGCAUGACAAAUUGGAUGGGUUUCUGUUGUUGUCUCUCGGUAGAAAUCGCGUUGUUCAAUUUUCCGUUUUAGAGUUUACCGGGUAUGCGGUUUCAAGUUUGUAGUUUUGUUUUACAAAGGGACGCCCUGCCCUUAGUUUCCCAACAUGACAAAUUGGAUGGGGAUGGGUGUUUCUCUCUGGAUACGUUGCCAGUCUGGGACGACGCGGUCGUGAACAUUUCCAUGGCAAAGGAGUCGGAAUAUUCGAAGAAAUGAACAAGUCGGUGCAGGAAAACUAGAUUUGGACCAGUACGAACGGAACAGGAAAUAUUCAGAAACCAAUGCGGGACGCUUCGAGUUGUAAAUAAAAGCGUGCCGAUAUAAGAAAAUACUGCGUCGAUAUUAUACUAGAAGACCAUAUCAUCUCAUCCUGAGAGAGCAACACAACCUCUAUCAAUUUUCCGUGCAGAGACCACAAAGACAUCAAUGAAUAGUACAGUAUAGGUUACUUGAAGUUUCAAGAAUAAGAAGUCAUGACUUCGCGGCUCGUUCUUUGUGCUUUUGCAAGAACACCACAGCGUCGCUCUCGCUCUGAUUGAAGUUUUAAAAACUUUUUCAAGACCAUGUUUCUACAAACUGUUGCAAGCUGAAAUUGGAUGUGGAUUUUCACGAGAGUCGACAGUUUCCAAAUUAAAGAGAUGAAGAAGAACAUCACCGGGUCAGAGCUUGCUAGUAGAGUUUUUUCUCGGGGCGGCCGCCUCAUCGGGAGGAAAGCUCGCUGCUAACGUAG